CAACGCCAUAGACUCGGUUGAUUGGCGCUACCAAAGUAUUGAUGAUUGCUGCUGCCAUUGAACGGGUUACCAAACGGGUUACCAACACCUCGUGAGCUGUUGCAUACUACCAGGCGCGGCUUCCUGUCUGUGUCGAUUCGAACAACCCGUCCAACUUUGCCCUCAUUCCGUGGACACAAUGGAUUUCGACGAUGACGAGCUUCCGCCGGACCUGGUCGACACUGGUGAUAGCCUCUCAGAGGCCGAGAAGCCCGUCAAGGUUCCCAUCACCAUAGUUACCGGCUAUCUGGGCGCCGGCAAGACAACUCUACUCAACUACAUUCUCACGGCUGAGCACGGAAAGAAGAUCGCUGUUAUCAUGAACGAGUUUGGAGAUUCCCUCGACAUCGAGAAAUCUCUCACAGUCAAUAAAGACGGCGAGUCGGUUGAAGAGUGGAUGGAGGUUGGCAAUGGUUGUAUAUGCUGCUCGGUCAAGGAUACGGGCGUUGCGGCUAUCGAGUCGCUGAUGGAGAAAAAGGGCAAGUUCGACUACAUCCUUCUGGAGACGACGGGCCUGGCGGACCCCGGAAACCUGGCGCCGCUUUUCUGGGUUGACGAGGGUCUCAGUAGCACCAUCUACUUGGAUGGCAUCGUCACCCUGGUUGAUGCCAAGAAUGUGUUGCGCAGCCUCGACGACCCGUCGGGCAAGGUUGAGGGCCACGAGGACAGUGAUGCCCACGGGCCACUCAUGACCACCGCACACGUCCAGAUCUCGCAUGCGGACGUCAUAGUCAUCAACAAAGCAGAUCUGGUUUCGGAGUCCGAGUUGGACGCAGUCAGGGGAAGGAUACAAUCCAUCAACGGGCUUGCCAAGAUACACACGACCAAACAGAGCGUGGUACCCCGGCUGGAGGGCUUUUUGCUGGACUUGCAUGCCUACGACAGGGUUGAGGGCCUGGACUCGACAGCCUCCAAGGGGCACUCCCACCUAGAUUCGUCAAUAUCGACCAUAUCGAUACCUCUGGGCGUGCUCCAGCCCGCUCAGGUAGCAAAGGUCGACAAGUGGCUGCAAUCAGUCCUGUGGGAAAACGAGCUGCCCGGCACUGGCAAGGUCCAGGACAAGGCUAGGUUCGAGGUUCAUCGCGUAAAGGGGCGGCUGGUUUUUUCUGAUGGUGGUGCCAAGAUGGUCCAAGGAGUGCGUGAACUGUUCGAAAUAUUCGAUUCACUAGAAGAAAAGGGGAAAGAGGCGGAUGCAGGUAUGGCGAGCGGUGGGAAAAUGGUUCUGAUUGGGAGGCACCUCUUAGGCUUUGAUUUUGCAGGAAGCCUCCUCGGGAACCUGAGCUGAAAGAGUGCACGUGGCUGCCUACAGCCAUGUGGCAUUUGGCGUUUCUAGCGAGCCAAAGGUGAUGGAAUGCAGCAGACAAACAGAAGACAAACAGAAGACAAAGAGAAGAAAAAAGCGCAAACGAAGGCGUUUGCCCGCCGCCCCGCA